CUUCGCACGUGGCGCGGCGUCAGGGGCCGCUAGCCCGCAGCCCUCCGGCCUGGGUCUGAAUCGCUUUUCCCUGGAGCAACGUUUUUCCGCGCGGGCGUGUACAAGUUCAGGGUUUUGUUUUGGUUUGUUUUGACCCCAGAGAUUGAAGGAAUCGCCAGCGUUAUCUUUCGUGUUUUUGAAUCAUCCUCUGUGCGUCUCUGGUUUUUCGGUUGAUAGUAGUUUCCCGGGUCUCGGGAAGUCUCCCUCUCCCCAGAGUCAGGAGCACCAGCCCAGGUCCACCCAUCGCCGGGCCCUGACCGCGGGGGUGAGUUCCUUCAGGCUGGGGUUUGAGCCUCACGCAGUAGCCGUUGGAGACCAGUGCCUUGGUUAUUGCUGUGUGUCCGGGUUUUAAUUGGACAAAUCCUGUUGACGUUUCCGUGCUGCAUUUGCAGGGAAAGAAGCUCAGAAAGGAUCUCUGCUCUUUGACGACCUCCCUCCGGCCAGCAGUACUGACUCAGAUGUUUUAGGUGUUGGACUGUCUUAAGUUUUGAAUCCAUGGCAUCAGGACCAGGCGGACCUUUGCUUUUUGAUGACCUCCCACCAGCCAGCAGUGGCGAGUCAGAUCCUCUCAUGGUUGGUGUGGUCUCCCACUGUGGUGCCCAGGCACACUGGCCUGGCCCUUGGAGUCAGAGCUAUGACUGCUGGACAUGACAUUUUAUCUUUGAGGGCUGGGAUGCAGCCUGAUCUGCAGGGGUCUUUUUCCUCUUCAGUGAUUUUUGGUUUGAAAGGCUACGUGGCUGAGCGGAAGGGCGAGCGGGAGGAGAUGCAGGAUGCCCAUGUCAUCCUGAAUGACAUCACGGAGGAGUGUAGGCCCCUAUCAUCCCUCAUUACCCGGGUUUCCUAUUUUGCUGUUUUUGAUGGACAUGGAGGAAUUCGAGCCUCAAAAUUUGCUGCACAGAAUUUACAUCAGAACUUAAUCAGGAAAUUUCCUAAAGGAGAUGUAAUCAGUGUGGAGAAAACUGUGAAGAGAUGCCUUUUGGACACUUUUAAGCAUACUGAUGAAGAGUUUCUUAAACAAGCUUCAAGCCAGAAACCUGCCUGGAAAGAUGGGUCCACUGCCACGUGUGUUCUGGCUGUAGACAACACUCUUUAUAUUGCCAACCUCGGAGAUAGUCGGGCAAUCCUGUGUCGUUAUAAUGAGGAGAGUCAAAAACAUGCAGCCUUAAGCCUCAGCAAGGAGCAUAACCCAACACAGUAUGAAGAACGAAUGAGAAUACAGAAGGCUGGAGGGAACGUCAGGGACGGACGUGUCUUAGGUGUGCUGGAGGUGUCCCGAUCCAUUGGGGAUGGGCAGUACAAGCGCUGCGGGGUCACUUCUGUGCCAGACAUCAGACGUUGCCAGCUGACCCCCAAUGACAGGUUCAUUUUGCUGGCCUGCGACGGCCUCUUCAAGGUCUUUACCCCAGAAGAAGCUGUGAACUUCAUCUUGUCCUGCCUCGAGGAUGAGAAGAUCCAGAGCCGGGAAGGGAAGCCUGCUGUGGAUGCCCGCUACGAAGCAGCCUGCAAUAGGCUGGCCAACAAGGCAGUGCAGCGGGGUUCGGCGGAUAACGUCACGGUGAUGUUGGUGCGGAUAGGGCACUGAGGGCGUGGCGUGCCACUGGCUUCAGAGGUUCAUGUGUGUGUGUACACAUUAUGUGUGUUUCGUGUACUCCUGUGGGAUUCCCAUGGUUGUAAAUAAAAGUUUCUCUUUUUUCUAA